AUGUCCUUGCCUUCCAGCUUCGAUUUCACCUCCCCCGCCACAAAAGACGUCAAAGAAAUGACGUUUGGAGAGAAAAUCCUUUUCAAGAGCAAACAGCAGCCGUGGGUUCCCAUUGGCUGCUUGCUGACGACGGGCGCUGUCGUUAUGGCGGCGCUGCAGAUGCGUCGCGGCAACAGACGUCUGGCCCAGCUGAGUUUCCGCUGGAGGGUCGCGUUCCAGGCUGCAACGCUGGUGACGUUGAUUGCCGGGUCGGCUUAUUACGGUGAGUUAGGGGAGCUCGGCGGUGGCGGCAACGCUGCCGUUGCCGCCGAGGAGCGGUUGAGAGCGAAGGCCAAGAUGCGGGAGCAACUGUGGGUCCAGGAGCUGGAACGCCGUGAGCAGGAGACGGAGCAGAGGCGUGCGAAGGCGGCAUUCUUCAGGCAGCAGGCGCUGGCCCACGAGCAGCAGACACAGCAGCUGGAGCAGGAGAUCGCGGCGCUGGAGUCCCGCUCGGCGUCCUCCGGCGCCAAAUGA